AUGCAUAUUAGCAUGUCUCAUUUGGCUGGAUUUUUGGUGUUUGGUCUGAUUGGAACAAGUCAAGUUAGUGAUGAAGGUGAUGUUGAGUUCAAGGCUGUUCUUUUUGUUCCUCCAAAGGCUCCUCAUGAUCUGUAUGGGAGUUACUACAAUGCUAACAAGUCCAACUUGAAGUUAUACGUCAGACGUGUCUUCAUCUCAGAUGGAUUCGAUGAUCUUCUGCCCAAGUACCUGAACUUUUUGAUGGGAAACACAUUAGGAAGUUGGUUAAAGAUGGAUUCAUCAGCUGCAAACCAAACCACAUUCACUCUCCAUAUCAUGCACGGAGAAUGA